CAACGUCUGCGCCCUUUUCCGUUCACGCGUCGACAAGGAAACAAAAUUCCAACAAAAGAGGUUUGGGGUCGUCGCGUCAGCGCUGCCCAAUCUCUUCUCCCCUCCCUUCUCUCCCAACCUCUCCUACUCCGCCCCGUCGCCGAUCCGGCCGCCAACUCCGACGAGAUUGGAUUCGAUUCGAGUGUACUGGACUGAAGCCGAUCCGAUCUGCCCUGAUCGGAUUUGUGCUGGCUUCUGGAGAAGCUUGAGGACGGCUAGCUCGCCGUCGCGCGGCCAGAUCUGCCGCACCCGCCAUGGAUGGCAACAAGGACGACGCGAUCAAGGCCAUGCGCAUCGGCAAGGAUGCCCUCGACGCCGGCGACACCGACCGCGCCCUCAAGUUUCUGUCCAAGGCCAAGCGGCUAGACCCCUCGCUCCCCAUCGACCAACUCCUCAACCCCAUCCUCAACAAGGACGACCCGUCCUCCUCACCGGCCUCGUCAUCUUCCUCAUCCGCCCCACAGCCCCCGCCGCCCUCUCGAGCAGCAGCAGCAGCAGAAGCCACUGGGGCUGAUGGCUUGAGAGAGAGGAAGCAGAAGGGCAAGAAGAAGGAGGGGGAUCAGAACGGUGGUGAUACUUCUGGGGUGAGGACGUACACGGAGGAGCAGCUGGAGGUGGUGCAUCAGAUCAAGAAGAACACAAGGGAUUACUACAAGAUCCUGGGCCUUGAGAAGGACUGCACCGUCGAGGACGUGCGCAAGGCUUACCGCAAGCUCUCUCUCAAGGUGCACCCUGACAAGAACAAGGCUCCCGGUGCCGAGGAUGCCUUCAAGGCCGUCUCCAAGGCCUUCCAGUGCCUCAGCGACGCGGAGAGCCGCAAGCGCUUUGAUCUUGUUGGUUCUGAUGAGCCGCCGGCAUACAAUAGGAGGGCGGCAUCCACUGCCCGUUCGUACAAUGGGUUCUACCAGGAUGACAUUGACCCAGAUGAGAUUUUCAGGAACUUCUUCUUUGGUGGGAUGGCUCCUGCAAAUACCAGGCAGUUUGGACAGUUUGGAGCGUAUCAUUUCAGGACUGGCGGAGUGCACCAUACUCAGGGGGCGCAGCAGGGUUCUGGUGGUUCCAAUGUUCGAAUGCUUGUCCAGCUCUUGCCUGUCCUGCUGCUUCUGUUGCUCAACUUCCUGCCAUCCUCUGAACCCGUCUACUCCCUCUCCCGCUCCUACCCUUAUGAGCACAAGUUCCAAACCCCACGUGGAGUCGCAUACUAUGUCAAGUUGCCUAAUUUUGAGGAGCAGUAUCCACACCAGAGCACUGAGCGUACAACACUCGAGCGCCAUGUUGAGAGGGAUUACUACUCCAUAAUAACACAGAAUUGUAGGGUUGAGAUGCAGCGUCGCCAGUGGGGGUUAGCCUACCAGACACCGCACUGUGACAUGCUUCAGAAAUUUGAGGCCACUGCACAGUAAUUCCUCCAUGUCAUAAGGGAACAAGUUAGGCAUUCGGUCACGGUGUAAAGGUUUUCCAAUACUUGCUCCGUUGAUUAUCAAGUCCAAAUUCGGAGGUGGGACAAGUUAGCCUGGACUGGUAGUAAUUUUUGUGCAAUAAGUGCCUUCGAUGACUAUACACACCACCUUGAUGCUGUCUUAAUAGUGUUGAUGAGCAUGCAGCAGUAACGACUUGAAACAUAUGUAAUUUGCUACGUUUUCAUAGGGUUUGGUCAUUAUGUAUAUGUAUAUGAAGCAUCCGUCUUUCUUUUUUUCUUCUAAUGUUAUUGAGGAAUAUACCUGACUUAGCAGACAAUACAGUUUACAGUGCCACUGAAACAAAUUUCGUUCUGCGUGUUCUUA